AUGUCUCUGGUGUUAUCCCUCCUAAAAGUUACGGCGCUUCUCAUCAGAGCAUGGGCAAGAUAUCAAGGCGAUACGAUCAAGAUUUACUUCUACCGCCCACCAACAGUAUCACUACAAAAACAAUCCCCAGUCCUGAUCAACUUCCACAGAAGCGGCGUCGUGAUCCCAGCCCACGGCAGCGACGACGCAUUCUGUCGCCGAUUGAGCCAACAAACCAAGUACAUCAUCAUCGACGGCCAAUACUGCUUUGCUCCGGAACAUUCAUUCCUAGCUGCACUGCACGACACGGAAGACGCCGUCAACUGGGUUCUCGGCCAACCGAGUAUAUUUGAUACAUCACGCGUUUCCAUACAGAAAUUUAGCGCGAUGAAAACCUUGCCUUCGUAG